UAAGGGUGACAAAGCCAACAUGACAGGCUGGUUCACGCACCGCAGGGACCGGUGACCGUGCGGUGAUCCAGCGCGGUUCAUGAGCACGUCGGAUUACCGGGAGGAUGGCAUGGACCUGGGGAGUGACGCCUCCAGUCGCUCCAGCUCAGAGUCCAACUCCAACAAGGUCACACCUUGCUCCCCUUGUCUUGACCUGGCCACUUUGGAGGACUACAAAUCCUCUCCCUCUCUGGACCUGGUCACCUUAGAGGACUAUGAGGAGGACGAGGACUACCAAGAGUAUAAGAAGAAGGUUAUAGAAGAGUGGGAGAGCGAGUAUGGGGAAGACUACACCUCUCCACAGCCUCCUGGUCAAGAGGAAGGUGGAGGAAGCGGUUUGGGAGUUGACGGCCUUGGCGAAGGCUAUGGGAAAACGGUGAACAGUCGCAGCCUCGCUGAAGAAUUCCAGGAUGUGAAGACGGUCCCACCCCUUUCGGCCUCUGGCGGGCACACUGCCACCUCAGCUGCAGCCGUCCCUGAGGAACUGAAACAGAACGGCAAUCUGAUUUUACCCAGGAGCCACCAGCUCCAUUCCCCCGGUACACCGAAGGGGGGCACGGGGACUCCCAAGCCCCGCCACCGAAGCUCCAGUCAAGGCAGGGGGAGCCGCAUCACUGGCGGGGGUGCUGGUGGUGGUGGAGGAGGCAGUGGAGGCAGUGGAGGGACUGGGGGACGGAUGGGGGGAUACAAAGAGGAGGAGGUUGUAGAGGAGGAGCCUCUGCCCACCAUGGACUGGGCAGCCCUGGAGAGACACCUGGCUGGGCUGCAGUGCAGAGAGCAGGAGAACCAGAACCUCAACCAGAACCAGAACCACAUCAUGGGCAAGACCAACUACACCUCGGCCCAAAAGAAUGAGAGGGAGUCUAUCAGGCAGAAGUUGGCCCUCGGCAGUUUCUUUGACGAUGGGCCGGGAAUCUACACCAGCUGCAAUAAGAGCGGCAAACCCAGCCUGUCCUCACGGCUGCAGAGUGGGAUGAACCUACAGAUCUGUUUUGUCAAUGACAGUGGCAGCGACAAGGACAGCGAUGCAGAUGACAGCAAGACAGAGACAAGUCUGGACACACCUCUGUCCCCAAUGUCCAAGCAGAGUUCGUCCUACUCGGACAGGGACACCACAGAGGACGACUCUGAGUCUUUGGAGGACAUGGACUUCGUAAGUCGACAGAAGAAGCUGCAGGCGGAGGCGAAGCUGGCCCUGGCUAUGGCCAAACCAAUGGCCAAGAUGCAAGUGGAGGUGGAGAAACAGAAUCGCAAAAAGUCACCAGUGGCCGACCUGCUUCCCCACAUGCCUCACAUCAGUGAGUGUCUAAUGAAAAGAAGCCUGAAGCCCACCGACUUGAGAGAUAUGACACUGGGGCAGCUCCAGGUUAUAGUCAAUGACCUGCAUUCCCAGAUUGAGAGUCUGAAUGAGGAGCUUGUACAGUUGCUGCUGAUUCGGGAUGAACUACACAUGGAGCAAGAUGCCAUGCUGGUUGACAUAGAGGACCUGACCAGGCAUGCUGAGAGCCAGCAGAAACAUUUGGCUGAGAGGACCCUAUCCAAAUAAGAUGCCCGUACCCACUCCACCCUGCUCCCCUCUGCCAAGCUAAGCUCCCACUCCAAACCAGACUUUUCCCCUCUGGCCAUUCCACCUCUGCCCCUUGUCGAUCCAAAUCCUUCCCGCUUGUCCCAAGUAAUUUGCUCCUCGCUGCUUCCCCGUCUCCCGAUGUCUACCUUCCUGUCCACCCCACUGACUCCAGUGGUCGCAGUAGCACAGAAGAAGGCCACCCUCUUUCGGUUGCUUCUGUGGUUUUCUCCCAGCGCUAAGGACGGAUGGGCACUUCCUGCUUCCUGGGAGAAGAGGAAAUUGAUUGUGUGUUGUCAUGGAUUCUGUCCCCAGCUUCCUGUGCAGUGAUCGGCCUUGCUUUGCUAUUGAUUCUUUUUAACUUUCUACAUUCGCCACUAAAUUAUAACUGUCAAAUGCAAAAAUUGUGGGAAAAAAAUUAAAUAAUAGUGAAAAAUUUAGUAGAAAGUCAGUCAUGAGAAAAAGAAACAAAAGUGUAUAAAAAUAAAAAAAAAACAGAUGGAAACUAACUUCUUCAGACCAUUUUAAGUUGGACAGUAAUUUUCAAGUAUUUCAAAGUCGACCUGUUUUUAUUCUGCACAAACGGUAGUUUUCAACUGAGAAAUGUUUAUUUGAAGGUGCUAAAAGAGUGUAAAGGAAACAUGCCUGCCUUGUAGUGGAGUCGUAGCUUUUGGUAAUACGUUCACUCUAAUUGCUCUUCAACAUUUUGUGAAUGUUGAUUUUCUGACACGAGUCAUUUUAAAUGAAUAAGUGUGUUAAAAUCGUUUUCAUCCUACUGUAAUCAAAAAACUUUAUUUGCGGGAAGAAAUGUUUAUGU